AUGCCGCGACCUACAUUUACCAGCAAGCUCUCGCUUCCGCACCGCCUCAAGCACCAGACCAGCUACACCAGCAACCCCAAUUCCACCCCAACCUCUGUCCCCGCCAGCCGUACGGGGAGCCCCAAACUACGCGCCAUGCCCGAGCAGCCAGUACCCGGCCUGGUCUUGAGGGCGAACGUCAUCAAGGGCAGAGACCUCGCUGCAAAGGACCGGAGCGGCACUUCUGAUCCCUACCUUGUCCUCUCUCUCGGUGACGAGAAAUUCACAACUCCUACCAUAAACAAACAGCUGAACCCGGAAUGGAACGAGACGCUCGAACUCCCCAUCCUCGGCGAGCAGAGCCUCCUGCUCGAGGUCGUCUGCUGGGACAAAGACCGCUUUGGCAAGGAUUACAUGGGCGAAUUUGACGUCAUACUCGAGGAGCAAUUCCAGAACGGACUCACGCAGCAGGAGCCACAAUGGUUUCCCCUCAAGUCGCGGCGAUCCGGCAAGAAGAAGUCUGUCGUCUCCGGCGAGAUCCAGAUCCAAUUCUCCCUCAUCGACCCGGUCAACCUCGCCGCCACACCCGAGCAGAUCCUACAGAAGUUCUUCGCCAUCGCAGGGCAAACACCAAGCCCAGACGAAGACGAGGGGGAGCUCCUCAUGCGCGGCGACAGCAACCUUACCGACGCCGAAGAGGAUGAGUCGAGCUCGGACGAGGCACAGGACGAAUCAAAGAAGGCCGAGAAGCGCGAGAAGCGGAGGAAGAAGCUCAAGUUAGCCAGACUGAGGAGAAAGGUCAAAUCCAAGACCGGCUACGAAUACUCUAGCAAUGGCGAUAUAGCUGGUGUUCUCUUCCUCGAGAUUCAGAAAUGUACCGACCUGCCACCAGAACGUAACGUGACGAGGACUACCUUUGACAUGGAUCCAUUCGUCGUAACCUCACUCGGAAAGAAGACGUAUCGUACCAAAACCAUUAGUCAUAACCUAAAUCCCGUCUUUGACGAGAAACUUGUCUUCCAAGUUCUACGGCACGAAACCAAUUACUCCGUCAAUUUUACCAUCAUCGACAAGGACAAGUUCUCAGGCAAUGACUACGUUGGCACCGUCAACUUUCCCCUUGAAAAAGCUGUUUCUACAGCCCCACAGGAGGACCCAGAGACGGGGUUAUAUAGAUUGCCUGAGCCAUCAGACUCUCCUGGUCUCUCUCCUUCUGAAUCCGGCAGUUCAAAGAAGUCCCGUUUCCGCCUCCCCAUGUCUCGCUCUGCUUCAACUCACAGUCUAUCUCGUCUGGGUCGGCCGUCUUUGAAGAAGGAAAGCUCGACAGGUUCACUCUCUGUACAAGAGCCUAACAAUUCCCUGACUACCAGCAAUGCUGCAGCCGAUUCCAACGGUAAUCUUGCUGUAGCCGGCGACGUCAACAUAAACCCAUCCGCCGCAGAUGACGAGGAUUUGAAGAUGUACACACUACCAUUGGAGUUAAAAGACAAAGAGCGCUGGGGCAACAAACACAACCCAACCCUCUACAUUCGCGCAAAAUACCUCCCGUACAAGGCUCUUCGACAACAGUUCUGGAGAGCUAUGCUCAAACAGUACGACGCCGAUGAGAGUGGCCUUCUCGAUAAAGUAGAACUGACUACCAUGCUCGAUACCCUUGGUUCCACCCUGCACGAAUCGACUAUUGACAGCUUCUUCGAUCGUUUCGCGGAGGCACAUAAUGGAGACCUUCUCCUCACAUUCGACGAAGCCGUCAUCUGUCUUGAAGAUCAGCUGCAGGCCACAGAGGCAAGAGACGCCCAGAGGUCUGGGUUUGCAUCAGGCACACAGACUCCUUCGCUGGCAUCUGGAAUGCUCACGCCCAUCAAUCAGAACAGCUCGACAACCUCCAUUCCAGUGCUUGAAACAAACACCUUGGGUAGGGAAGGCGAAGAAGGCGACAACCUGCAGAUCGACGAUCUUGCCGACGAGAAGGGAGAAGAACAUGUCAUCGAGAUCCGUGAAUGUCCCAUCUGCCACCAGCCGAAGUUGAAUAAGAGGUCCGAUGCUAACAUCAUUACACACAUUGCUACCUGCGCCAGUCAAGAUUGGAGACAAGUGAACAACAUUGUCAUGGCUGGCUUCGUCACCUCAAGCCAAGCACAGCGAAAAUGGUAUUCCAAGGUCAUCACUAAGAUCUCGUACGGUGGCUACAAACUAGGCGCAAACUCGGCAAACAUCCUUGUUCAAGACCGUCUUACAGGUCAGAUCAACGAAGAGCGCAUGAGCGUUUACGUACGUUUGGGUAUUCGAUUGCUCUACAAGGGCCUCAAAUCAAACAACAUGGAGAAGAAGCGAAUCCGCAAGUUGCUCAAGUCACUCAGUUUCAAACAGGGAAGGAAAUACGAUGACCCUGCAUCAGCAUCUGAGAUACUGCCUUUUAUCAACUUCCAUCAACUUGACAUGUCUGAGGUAUUGUUGCCGACAGACCAGUUCAAGAACUUCAACGAGUUCUUCUACCGAGCACUCAAGCCGGGUGCACGUCCGUGCUCCGCACCUGAUGAUCCCAGAGUCAUCGUCUCGCCGUCUGACUGCCGAACCGUAGUCUUCAACACGAUCGACUCGGCACAAGCCAUCUGGGUCAAGGGUCGUGACUUUACCGUUGAGCGUUUGCUUGGUGAUGCGUACCCUGAAGACGCUAAACGCUAUCAUGGAGGCUCUCUUGGUAUCUUCCGACUCGCGCCACAAGACUACCACCGGUUCCACAUACCUGUCGAUGGUGUCAUGGAUGAACCAAAAACAAUCGAGGGAGAAUACUACACUGUCAACCCAAUGGCUAUCCGCUCAGCUCUGGACGUAUAUGGCGAGAAUGUGCGCGUCGUAGUGCCCAUCGACUCCGUUGCACACGGCCGUGUUAUGGUCAUUUGCAUUGGUGCCAUGAUGGUUGGCAGCACUGUCAUCACGCGUAAGAAGGGCGACCAUGUCAAGCGUGCCGAGGAGCUGGGCUACUUCAAGUUUGGCGGAAGCACAUUGCUCCUUCUCUUCGAGCCCGGUCAGAUGAGAUACGACGAGGAUCUUGUAGACAACUCGAACUCUGCCUUGGAGACUCUUGUCCGUGUCGGCAUGUCUAUCGGUCACAGCCCCAACAGGGCAGCCCAUGUCCCCGACAUGCGCAAAACCAACCCUACCAAUGAAGAGAAGCAGGACGCGAAACGCCGCAUCGAGGGUAGCAUGGCACCUUCAGGCCUCGCCCUGUCUGCGCUCGCCCGUUUGUCGCGCCAAUGCACGCGCUUUGACCGAACUUCAACUCCCCGAAACUCCCGUGACGCAGCAACUGGACUCAUGACUACUAUCUUCGCGCGCCCACCGCUCCAAUCGCUUCCUAUGGCCACAAACCGACCGACGACGCGACGAAGGAGCGCAAAACAAGCCUUUGAUGACGACGAUGCGCCGGCGCCAAAAAGAGCAAAGGCCGAGGUGAAUGGGUCGAGCAAAAAGGCGACUGCUGCGCCAAAGAAGACAGCAAAGGCAGCUGCAUACGACGAGGACGACGAUGGCUUCCAAUUCUCGCGUCGCACGUCGUCGCGGAGGACUACAAAGGCACAGGCUGCGCCAGCACCAGAACCAAUACCCGAGGAAAGACCAACGAAGCCUGCGCAAGCUGUCGAAGCGCAACCCGUCAAAUCAGCUGCGCGGAAGAAGAAACAAUCAACCGCAGCAGCCGAUCCAGAAUCUUCAGACUCGGGAAAGCGACGGCGAUCAGCGCGCAUAUCUGCCGACAGUAGACAGCUAGAGGUACGACCGAAGUCCACAGAGCCUCUUCCAACGAAAACUCGCACGAAGAAAGCCGCACCGGCAGAGAAAGAGAGGAAGAAGCAGGUCACACCCCCACCUGAAGUACAAACGGAGCCGAAGAGCACAUAUGGAGGUGUACAAACACCAAGACACAAUGAGAUACAGGUCGCGAAGAAGCGCGAUCCCAACGCUCAAAAGAUCAUGCUGCCUUUUGCCGACACACCAGUUAUAACGAGAAACAAAGAGAUGCGGAAAGGCGGCAACAAGGACGGGUCAAGAAGGAGUAGCACAGGCUUGCGAGGGAGGAGAGCAAGUUCGCUGAUAGAUAGCGGACAAUCCAAUGCGCUACCCCAUUCCGAAGUCGAAGUACGAGAUUUCUACAAGUACAUCGAGCAAAGUCUGCCCGAACCACGGCGGAUGAAGCAGCUUCUAACAUGGUGUGGAUCGCGAGCACUACCAGCGAAGCCAUCGGGCGACGUCAAGAACGCGAACGCGAUCAUGGCUGCGCGAGCCAUUCAACAAGAGCUUAUAGACGACUUUGCAAGCAAACCUGAGCUUUCGGACUGGUUCAGCAGGGAAGAAACAGCGCCACCACCUGUGGUGAAGAAGCCGAAUCCCCAGAAUGAGAUGAACAAAGCCAAAUUGGAGGAAUUGGAAGACGAAGUCAAGCGUCUCGAAGAUGAGAAAGCCGCAUGGGAAGCCAUUGCAUCAGCGUCGAAAGCUAGCCUCCCUCCGCCUGCACCUUCGAUACCCACUGCGGCACCCACACUAUCGGAUAUUGAUACAUCCCUCCUCGAUCCCGAGCAAGCCGCCAUAAUUUCCUCCCUCCAACUAUCACAACCACAGACCUCACCACAACCGCCGUCAUCAGCAUUCACAUUCACAUCGCCUACGGCACUACAAUCACAUCUCACAUCACUCGCCAACUCACUAGAACCGCACAUCGACCUCUUCGCAGAUGGUGUUCAUAAGAUCGAGCAGUAUCGCGCUACAGCAGAAAAAGUAGCGGAUUGUGUGCUAGGGACAGCGGCAAAGAGGCUAGAGGAGCGAGAUCGGGAGGCAAAGGAAAGAGUCGGAACAGAGGGAGUUGGUGUAGGUGACAUACUGAGAGGCCUUGCAGGUGUACUCAGGGAGCAAUAG